AGGAUGGCAUUAGUAAAGGACAGAUCUGAGCUUGAGAGUAAAAUGUUAGAAAUUCAGCAGUGGCUUGCCACUCUGCCUGGUGACCUCCAGAACGAAUUUUAUGAGAUAGAUGAGUUUACUGUGGAGUACCUCUACCAACUUUGUCAGUCGAGUAAAAAGAAGGACGAACACUUGGAACUAAUGACAAAGACAACUCAGAAAAGGCAGAAGAAUACUCCACUGAAAAUGAUCGUAUCACCAAAGAGCUCGCAACUAACGGUGUUUCGGAGAUUGAUUUGAGUGGCGAGUGUCUGGAAACGUUAUCAGAACUCGCUGACGUUGGUAACAUUCUAGGGUUGAGCCAGCCUACUUUAGAGAACUAUUUGAUCAAUCUAUCGGAUCACACGACCGAAGAGUUGGAACUAAAAGACAAGUUAAAAAAGCAAGAAGUAAUGAUGAAAACCUUGUCGGAGAAGCUGGAAAGUCUUGAUCUCACUAUUUCUAAAUUGAAUGCUGAAUGCGAGGAUGCAGCAAAUAAUAGGAGCGAUGAUAUCGACCUGCCUGUCGAGAUAGAGACAGCAAAAGCUCAAGCGCAGCAUUACGUAGAGAGCACUAAAGAAUUCAAGAAGUUGCUCAGUGCCAGUGGUAUUAAGAAGGAGUACACUCACGAGCACCUACAGAAGAUGUCAGAUAAAGUGUCAGCACUCUCCGCAGACAUUGAGCAAACAAAGAAGAGGAUAGCUGACUUCAAGGAGCUUCCUCCGAGCAUUCCUCUGGCUCUGGAGAAGAUAAGACUCAUUAAAAUAGAGAUUGCAACUGUUGAGCAGGAGUUCCCUGAACUAGCUUGUGUUUCUUGAGGGAUUGGGAGAGCUGCAUUUUACUUGCAGACAGAAUUAAGUAAUUUGCGACAAAGAAACUGAAGUAUUCACUUGUGUUGUUAAAACACCACUGCAUAUAUAUUGACAUGAUUUAAAGAGCAGUAAUUAUUGACGAACAUAUUUGAAUCCUGUAAUGGGCUGGUUUUAACUUUUUACUGAAAACGUGACAAUUCAUUGUAGUGAUCUGUAAAUAGUUUAUCUAACAUAUUAUUUGUAAUCUGUUCAAUUUAUUAGUGCUACUAGUACAUUUUAUUAUAGCAUCGAUAGGUGAUUAUACCCGAUAGCAUAUUGAACUAUUGAAAUUGUUUAUAUUUGAUGAACAAUACUGUACUAAUAUUUACUUAACAUAUUAUAUUAGUAUAAUGAAACGCAUUUUAUUUAAUAUUAUCCUUUUUUGUACUUCUAGCUCGGUUGCAUAAUUCCCAAGCUGUACUAUAAUUUACCCGGUGACUAAAUCAACAAAAUUAGGAACUGAUUGAGUAUAAAUUUAUAAGUUUUUAAAUGUAUAAACAGAUUUUCGUAACUAUGCUUUGUUUAGAAGUAAUUAUCUGUUUUUCAUAGCUCAGCCACACAUGAUUGGACCUAAACGGCUGCUCAAUGGGCUCUCAAGACAGAUUAAAGUGUACGGAAGCAACGUUAACAUCCUCAAAACACCCACAGAAUUCCGGGACACCUUACUGAAACUUUCCUCAGAAGUGAAGGAAAGAUCUAGAAUAUCUACACUCUACAUAGGAACGGGAGAUACUGAACACGGUGUCGUAAACAACCUUGUCAGCUCUGUCAAGAAACACGGCUGUGAUGUGAGUUUGAUGAUUGACAGGUACCGGGGUACCCGAGACGGUGGGAUUAUACUGAAAGACUUGCGGAGGAUGGGACUGGUUCACCUUUAUCAGGCUCCUUAUUGGAGCAGAGUCCGGUACAACAAACCCGGUAUUAUUGGGGAACUGCUGGGGGUACACCACAUGAAGUAUUACUUGUUUGAUGACAAUGUCAUUAUAUCAGGAGCUAAUAUGAGUGAUAUUUAUUUUGAUAAACGACAAGACAGGUACUUUCUGAUUAAAUCCAAGCAGUUGGCUGACUAUAUUUGUUUUUUUCAUAGUCUACAUUCUACCUGUGCUAAAGUGUGGGAUGUUGGUAAUUACGGCAGGUCUCAUUGGCUUGGUAAGGGGAAUCUAAAUAUAGCCUCAACGACAGCAGGUAAUUUCACUUGUAACACAUCCAUUGAGAAGGAUACAACUCUAAGAGAUUUAGGACCUUCAGACGGUGAUACGUUUAUCUACCCCAUCUUUCAAAUGCCUUGCUUCUCAGUCCACCAAAUCGACGAAGCCUUGGACUUGUUAUUGAAUACAGCGGAUUCAAAUCAGAACUUUACUCUUUCUUCUGGCUACUUUAAUCCUUCAAAACGGUUACUUGAUUCUCUGAAACAUACUAAAGCUCAAGUUGAUAUCAUCAUACCCUCUAACGAAGCGAAUGGUUUUUAUAAAGGAGCUUCUUUGAAAGGAUUGGUACCCGACAUGUAUAAUUUAUCUGCUAUGAGAACCCUUCAAAAGUGUCCCAAUGUUAAUAUAUUUCAGUAUAGUAGAGAUGAUUGGUCUUACCAUGCUAAGGGUUUGUGGUCCAACAAUCUUACGAUUUUGGGAUCUUCUAAUUUCAAUCAACGGUCUUCAAGUAGAGACACAGAGUUCUCUGUUGCUAUAGUUACUGAUAAUGAUGAACUGAAGGACAGUUUACUUGCAGAAAGGGAUAGUUUGAGGCUUCAUUCUGGUGAUCUUCAGAAAUGUUAUCGAUCAAUAAGCGCUGUGGGCUUCCCUAUUAUGUCUCAGUUUCUGUAGUUAUUUAUUUUUGAAAGUUAUGUAUACAAUUAAUAUGAUUCAUGUUCAUUUUUUAUGUCGUGGUUUCAAUACUCUUGUCGAAAUCAUUUAAUGUGUCUCAUUUCACCUCGA